AUGGCGCUCUUCAAAAGCACGCACCCUAAUUUUCGACGCCUCACUCUGCCCGACGCCCUUGACACCCCACCCGCCUGCUUUAGGUAUGACCACAAGAGCGCACUGGAUCGCAAGCUCGAUCUCUAUUCCGAGCGAGCCUUUUACUACUCGUACUACGAAACCGUGAUUCGGGCCCCAACCACCCUUGACGUGUAUCAACAACUUCUCAACGAUAGCAGUGUGGAGCACCCAACUCCCAUCAACGCGCUCUCCCGCUUCAACAUUUAUCCAGAACUUGUGCUCGGCCUCUUUUAUCGUCUCUUUGGCACCUACCUUCCCAUCUCCGCCCACGACCUCAUGAUGGCCGUCAGCUUUAUUCUUGCCGGCAUUCAAUGGGCCGGCUUUGCCUACCUUGCUGUCAUCGUCACCGAGAACCCCCUCAACGGCAUCCUCGCCAUGGCCCUCUGCUGCAUGCACGCCGAUACCAUGACGCGCGCCGACAUGCUCAUGCUUCGCGAAAACUUUGCUCUCCCUUUCUUCUGGUGGCAAGUUGCCGCGCUGUUGCGCUACCUCGGCGACGUUGACAAAACCUGGCGCUCCACUUUUGUCGGUACCACCAUCGCCAUGCUAUGCUCCUGGCAAUUCACGCCCAUGCUCUUGCUCCUUGAGCUCGUGGCCGUAUUUGCUGCCUAUUGCACCAACGUCGCCCUGCCCGCCCACGUGAUCCUGGCUGUCGAUGCCAUGUCUGAAGCCGCUGUGAUUGGCGUGCUCAUGAUGCUGGGUAACUCCAUGAUUGCCGGUUCUCUCUGGGUCCUGGCCUUGGCCACCACCUGGCUUGUCCUCCGCUACCUGCCCUCCGACCUCAAUACCCUUCACAACAUCAUGCAGGGCGCCAUCAUCGCCUGCGCCACUUUGGCCAUCAAGAAACUUCUCUCACUUACCUUCAACCGUGACGACUCGCACAUCUUCACUAUUCUUGAGGCCCUUUUAGCCGAGGAUUAUGACCUUCUUACCGCCCUCUACGUCUGCAGUGCCGCUUACAUCCCCAUCACCCCAAGUCAGCUCUCGGCCUACUGGGAUUCGGGACUGGUUCCCCUGGCCGCCCUGGGCGCAACCAUUGUGAUUCUCAUGGCCCUGCUCUACCAGUACGUGGGGCAGCACACACCUUUGAUGGAGACUACCAUUGCCACGGCCCUCUGCCUCGUGCUUAUCUGUCUGGGCCUUGGCAUCCAAAGGCACGAAAAUCUCAAGAGCCACGCACUGACAGACACCAACAUGCGAGCUCUGGUCAAGUACUUACGCAAAGCUGUGCCGGCGAAUCAUACCAUUCUCAGCGAUCCAGUACUCUCCAGCUCCAUCAAGCUAUUGACUCGGCACCACAUCGUGCUGCACCCCCAUGCCGAGUCGGCAUCCGUCCACCAACGCUACCAAGACGUGUUCCAAAUAGUUGCGCCCAUUUCAGAACAGCAGGCGGCUAAUCUAAUGGAAAAGUAUGAUGCCCAGUGGAUGGUGCUGGCUCAAGGCCCAUGCGAGCUUACUUGCCCAUCGGGUAUGCCGCUCAGUUAUUACGCCACCCAGCCUUCCCACCUCAACAAUUAUCGGUCAGUACCAGCCCCCACGGUCAUGCUGUCAGGCCAUGGCGUUUCAUGA